ACACCCUGUUCAUCUCACCAUUGUCUCUCUUCCUCCACUUUAAGAACCGAGAGCCAUUCCUCACCGCCGCCCGCCGCCGACUACCGGUUCACUUCCGGCGAAGUCGAGUAAACCCGCUGUCCUUCCGGAGAAAUCUUGCAGAUCCGGCCAUUUGUCUUCUCUGGCACUUUCUGGCCAUCUCUUACUGAAGAGUCGAUCGCCUUCAGUCGGCGACGCAUCUGGUCGCUGCAUCUUCAUCUGGCAGACAUUAACGGAAGUUUAAGCGGCAAGUGAGAUGUCCAGGUUUCGAGCACUUUGGCAAGCUUCUCUUAAUGCAACUAAGAAAGCUCUCACAUGGAGUGCUGAAGAUUUGAUUCCUCCGAGUGAAAGAUAUAUUUUCAGUUUCAAUUCAAAGGAAGAGCUCAAAAAGUGGCAUUUGUAUUCAGAUUCUGAAUAUGGAGGUUUGUCCUCUGCAUCUUUGGAGAUUAGGGAUGCUGGAAAUGGAUCAAAAGGUAUCUUCUCAGGAAAACUCUCUCUGGAUGUAGCUGAGGAUUCCAAAUGGAAUAUUACUCGGAGUGGCUUUUGUGGUAUGCGCUCUAAGAAGUUUGAUGGCUUCAUUGAUUUGGAUGCAUAUGACACCAUAGCUCUAAAAGUCAAAGGAGAUGGGAGAUGUUAUAUUUCUACCGAGCAUACUUUGGUGCAGAUUUAUACAGAAAAUUGGGUGAACUCACCUGGGCAGCAGGAGGAUAAUUCCUGGCAAGCCUUUGUCUUUAUGCCUAAAGACAACUGGUAUAUCACAAAGAUUCCUCUAACUCGAUAUCUGCCAACAUGGAGAGGGAAUGUCAUCGAUGCAGACUUGGAAAUGAAUCCGUCUCGGAUUGUUGGCAUGUCUCUAUCUGUCAAUGCAGAAGGUGGCGUUCCAGGUGCUAGGUCCGGCCCCGGUGAUUUCCAAAUGGAAAUUGAUUGGAUUAAGGCGUUGAGGACACAGUGAGUUGUGUGAAGUGCCUUGGAUCAUAUCACUUGAAAACAUAAUUGUAGUAGUAGAUAGGGUAGCUAGUAGUAGAAACAUAAUUGUUUCUGGUGAAUGCACCAACUGAGCUUUGCAUUUUACAAGUUAAGAUGCAUUUUGUUUUUGGCAAAAUUCAGUACCUUGGAUGAGAAUAUACACUGAAAAUCAUGGAGAUAUUUGUAAGACAAGCCAUCGUUCUUUCUGGCAAAAUACAAGAAAUAAGCAAACAGUGGACAGCAGCAAGCAAAACGGUGGUUUGAUUUUGUUACGGUUUUUAGUUUUCUGUUAUCACCUUGUAAACUUUGUUUUUGGCAAAAGAUGAAAGCACGGAAUCAGCUUUUUAAGA